AUGAACAGACAGAGAAGAAGAAAAACAGAAAAUGAGAAGAGGGCUGGAGAGAGAGGACAGUGGGCCAGUAAAACAGAAUAUAUUCUGGUUGUUGCAGGAAAUGUGGUCGGCCUGGGCAACGUGUGGAGAUUUCCUUACCUCUGCUACAAGAACGGUGGAGGUGCCUUUCUGGUGCCAUAUGGUCUGUUAGCCGUAGUAUGUGGGAUACCUCUGUUCCUACUGGAGACCUCAGUUGGUCAGUACACCCAGGAAGGAUUCAUCACCAGCUGGAGGAAAAUUUGUCCACUGGCACAAGGAAUAGGAUUUGGACAGCUGACGAUUUCACUUUGUUUCUUCAUCUACGUUUUAAUUGAAGCUUGGGCUCUGUUCUACUUGGUGUUCUCAUUCAGAUCCCAGCUUCCCUGGGCCCACUGUGAGAACACCUGGAAUACAGGUGAGGCUAUUGAAUAUGACUCUGCAAAUCCCAACCUCACACAUCCUUUUCCAGCACUUUGUGUUACAUCAUGGGUACCUUGUAAAUUUCUCCUCAGACGGCGGGUGCUGGCCAUGUCUAGAGGCAUUGAGGAUCUGGGCAGUGUGAGGUGGGAUCUGGCUUUGUGUCUUCUGGCCUGCUGGGUGUUCUGCUACUUCAGUAUCUGGAAAGGUGUCAGAUCUUCUGGAAAGGUUGCAUAUUUUACGGCCACAUUCCCCUACGUAAUGCUCCUGAUCCUACUCAUCAGAGGCCUGACUCUACCUGGAGCUUGGGAAGGGAUCUACUACUACCUGUAUCCAGACCUGAAGCGCCUGGCUAACCUUGAGGUGUGGAUAGAAGCAGGAUCUCAAAUAUUUUUCUCCUACAGCCUAAAUGCAGGGACUGUAAAUGUCCUAGGCAGCUAUAAUGACUACAACAACAACUGUUAUAAGGACUGCUUUUGGCUCUGUCUGCUGAACAGUGGGACCAGUUUUGUUGCUGGAUUUGUCGUCUUCUCAGUACUUGGAUUCAUGGCUCAGAAACAGGGUGUUACAGUGGACAAUGUGGUUGAGUCAGGUCCAGGUUUGGCCUUCAUUGCUUACCCUCAGGCAACAGCUAUGAUGCCUUUGCCACAGUUUUGGAGUGUCUGCUUCUUCCUGAUGCUCAUUCUGCUGACAGUUGAUACAAAUUUUGUUAUUGUGGAGAGUGUUAUCACCACAGUGAGCGACAUGUUUCCGAAGUUGUUUCGUGCACCAGUGAGGCAUGAGAUCUUUGUCCUCAUCAUCUGUAUAUCCAGCUUCCUCAUACAGCUUACCUUGGUUACGGAGCUCCACUCCAACUUUACUCCCCCGACUCUGCUGAACCGCUGCUUCCCCCGGAUUCUGCUGAACAGGUUUCACCUGGGCUACUGCUGA